AUGUCUCCAUUACCUCAAGACCCAAUUAUUAUCGGUGUCGGAGAAAUCCGCCAAAAGAACUUCACCCUCGAAAAUACCCUCGAACCGGCAGAGCUUAUCUUAUCAGCGAUCCGCAAUGCUGCCAAGGACACGACAGUCGAUGUCAUCAAACACGUAGAUAGUAUUUCCGUUGUUCCUCCCUGGUCCUGGACAUAUGAUGAUCUACCAAAGUAUCUUGCUCAGAAACUUGGGGUUGAACCUUCGCAUCUCGAGCUCUCGAGCCAUGGAGGUCAUACGCCUGCGUUGCUGUGCGACGCGGCAGCUGCAGGAGUUGCGGCCGGGGAAACCAAAUUGGCAAUUGUUACAGGAGGAGAGGCGAUGGCGUCCUUGCUUGCGUGUCAGAAAGCUGGGCGUCUUCCUCCACCCGGAUGGACUGAGAUGUCUCCCGGCGCAAAGUUAUAUGGCCCGAGUGACCCUGCACUCUUGAAAGAUGUCGGUGCCUCGCACUCCAUCGGAAUGCCAAUUCAAGUAUACCCUCUAUACGAAAAUGCAUACAGAAAGCAUAACCAGCAAACAUUCCAUGAGAACCACCAUGAAUCUGCAGUCCUUUACGCUGAAUUUGACAAGAUUGCCUGUAAACAUCCGAUCAGUUGGCGAGCAGGCGAAACACCACGGGACGUUGAUGCUAUCAAGACGGUAACCAAGCAGAAUCGGAUGAUCUGCACACCUUAUCCAUUGUUGAUGAAUGCAUUUAACGGUGUGAAUCUGGCGGCGGCCUGUAUCAUCACUUCUGUCGAGUAUGCUACCAAGCUUGGUGUCCCCCAGGAUAAAUGGGUGUACAUCACUGGUGGCGCUGGCUCGAACGAUAGUUCGAAAUUCUGGGAGCGAGCAAACUACUUCUCUAGUCCUGCUAUCGAGUACUCUAUCGACAAGGCCCUCGAAUCCGCUGCGAUCACCAAGAACGAGAUCGAUUGCUUUGACUUCUACUCGUGCUUUCCCAUCGUCCCGAAACUCGCUUGUAAGCAUGUCGGUCUGGAUGUUCAGAGACCCGCCAAGCCUAUCACUUUGCUUGGUGGCCUUACUUCCUUCGGCGGUGCAGGCAACAACUAUUCUCUUCACGCAAUCGCGGAGAUGACAAGAGUCAUUCGAAGCCGAAAUCAUCAAAAUGGCCUGGUACUUGCAAACGGAGGCAUUCUAUCCUGGCAAUAUGCUCUUUGUUUAUCGGCUCAGCCGCGACGGAUUACCUCCACAUAUGCGAAAAGAGAAGUUCUUGACAAUGGUGAUGUUUCUCAAGGUCCAGCGUUCACCCCGACAACGCAAGGCGAAGCUGUCAUCGAGACUUAUACUGUGGACUAUGAUCGUAAGGGACCCAAGCUCGGCCAUAUAAUUGGAAGAUUGGUUGAGAAUGGACAGAGAUUCAUUGCAAACCAUGGUGAUGAACAUACGUUGGCGACUCUUGCGAGUGCCAAUGGAGAGCCAAUUGGCAUGAAGGGUCAUGUGAACAGGGCUAAUGACGGUCGAAAUCUCUUCACUUUAUCAGCGAGUGCAAAGCUCUAG